AAUAUCACUGAUUAAUAUAAUGCAAACACGAUUAUAAAGAUUAAAAAAGUUUUUUAUAAUCGUGAAUACUGAAUAGUUCAAUAGUCUGAAUAUAAAUUAAGAAUCACUGAAUGUCUGAAUCACUCAAAUCACUGACACAGUGAACCACAAUAUUUUAUACUUCAUGAUAUUAUUUUUAACCAAUUUCCAUAAUUUUCUUCUGUUUAUAAAGUAUUUUAAUUAUUUGUAAAUUAUAAUUACCUACUUGAAAAAAUCUGGCAAUUCAAUUGAAAAACAUCACAAUGUGUGACAAUGAUCACAGAAGAUGGAGUCAUUUGAAGAAGAUCUUGGAACGUUCCAGUCCAUUCUGUCAUCCUGAUUUUGAACCGGGCACAGGCAUAUUAGAAUUUUUACAAAAUUCCUGUAAACUGUUAGUGGUCGGCGCUGGUGGAUUGGGCUGUGAAUUACUUAAAGAUCUUGCAAUGAUGGGAUUCGGUGACGUCCAUGUUAUAGAUAUGGACACUAUAGACUUGUCUAAUCUGAACCGUCAGUUUUUGUUCCGUAGGAAGGAUGUAAACAGUUCCAAAGCAGAGGUUGCAGCAAAAUUUAUUAACGAACGUGUGCCUACAUGCCGUGUUACACCUCAUCAUUGUAAAAUACAAGACAAGAGCGAAGAUUUUUACAGGAAUUUUCAUUUUGUUGUGUGUGGUCUUGAUUCUGUUGUUGCUCGUCGAUGGAUCAAUGGAAUGCUUAUAUCUUUGUUAUCAUACGAUGACAACCAGCAACUUGACAAUUCCACCGUAAUACCAUUGAUUGAUGGUGGCACUGAAGGUUUCAAAGGCAAUGUUCGUGUUAUAAUACCCGGAAUUACUCCUUGUAUUGAUUGCACCCUAGACUUAUUUCCACCACAGGUGACUUAUCCAUUAUGUACCAUAGCAAGUACACCUCGUUUACCUGAACAUUGUAUAGAGUAUGUGAAAUUAAUACAAUGGCCAAAAGAAAACCCAUUUGAUUCCAACAUUGAUACAGACGAUCCAGUUCACAUUAGUUGGAUUUAUGAAAAAUCCCUUGAACGCGCUGAUGAAUUUGGAAUAAAUGGAGUUAAUUAUCGAUUGGUUCAAGGUGUUAUUAAAAAUAUAAUACCAGCUGUAGCAUCAACAAAUGCUGUGAUAGCUGCUGCUUGUGUUACUGAGGCUUUCAAAGUGGCCACCAGUUGUUGUCCAUUAUUAAAUAAUUAUGCUGUAUUCAAUGAUGCUGAUGGUAUAUACACCUAUACAUAUGAAGCCGAACGCAAAUCUGAUUGUAUUACUUGUAGUCCAUAUAAAGCCAAAUAUCUCGAUAUAGAUGACACAAAUAUGCGGCUGGAAAAAAUUAUCGAAAUACUUGGCGAACACCAGCAGUAUCAGAUGAAGAACCCUGCACUCACUAUAGAAUUAGAUGGAAAAAGAAAAACACUGUACAUGCCAAACGUGCCUUCUAUUGAAUUAAAAACUAGGCCAAAUCUAAAAAUGACACUUGAACAAUUGGGUAUUGCCGACGGAUGUAAAUUAUUAGUGGCUGAUAUCACAAACCCUAGAGCUUUUGAAAUUAUUCUUAAAAUCAAGAACAACUGUGUUAGCAUGGAAUAAUAUUAUACUUUUUUGAAUAUUUACUUUAAUAAUCUUCUGCAAUAAAUAUAUUAAUACAAUUAUAAACAUUAAACUUUUCAUUAUAUUAUGAAUGUCUAACAUUAUUUAAUAUUAGUUAAACUGUAUACUGUAAAUUAAGCUACCCAAUUGUUUUUACAAUAAUGUAUUUUAUUAUUUUAAAACAAUUUAUAUACUGGAAAGUAGACGAAAGUUGUGUUCUAUUUUUCUGUUUUCAUAUGGCUGUUUUCCCACUAUCAAAAAGAUUAUUUAAUGACAAAAAUAAACAUUUUUCAAUUUUAUAAUACAUUUGUGUGUAUGAAAAUUCUAAAAAAAUUGUUAUUACAUUCAUUCAAUUCAAAAUAUUAUGCAGUACCCACACAAGGUUUUAUCGGUUUAUAAAAAAAAACAAUAGAAGGGACAGAUUUACUAGCUUUUGAUUACAGCAGACUAGUAUUAUCACAGAACAGUCUGAACAAUGGUAUUAUGAAUUGUAUGAUAGUAUUAAAUUAAGACAUUUGCCCCCAGAAAAGAUGAAAACAUACGCGUCUAUGUGUCAUAUAAAAAUGAAUAAACUAUUAUAUUAUAAUAAUAAUUAACUAUCUAAUCCCGCACGGUAUUUUCCGUAACAAAUUAAAUAAUGCUAGUAUAUACAGUGAAACUUCGAUAAUUCGAAUCAGUUGGGUGCGAAAAAAAAACCGAAAAUAGUUAUAGAAAAAAAUGUGUGUACUUAUUGAAAUACAAGGGCGAAGAUAUUCUUUCGAGGUAUUGAAAAUUCGACUUAUAGAUAUUUGAGUUAUCGAUGUUUCACUGUAGGUACCUUGUCUUAAACUCCACUAUAUUAUGUAAACUAUACAUAUUUUGAACAGCCAUUUGAUUGGUUAGGACCUAAUAUAAAAUACAGGUCUGAAAUUACCUGCAACUAUAAAUUGUUACUUAUUUAUUUUGUAUAAACUAUAAAUAAAAGAUUUAAAUAAAAUGUAUUUACAUGUUAUUGUCAUAGAUGCAUAUAAUUCAACCAGAUUUUACUAUAGGUAAUGAAUCUAUGAAAGAAUACAAUAAGUAUGCCCCAGGACAAAAUUACGUUUCGUUGAAUUAUUUUUCGCACUAUUAUAGCCAGGACCCACAACAGAAGUGAAUACUUGAAUAUUUAAUUUUGAUUUGAAUUAAAACUUGACUGUUGAAUAAUAGUAACAUUCUAUAGUUAGUAGAUAAUAAUUUGAAAAAAACAUAACUUAGGUGGCUAGGUAAUCAAGAAACAUAAGACAUAAAGGAUAAAACGAAAUCUAAAUAUACAUAUUUACUAUCACAAAUUUAAAAUGUUUAUUUUCACUCAAAUAAACAACUCCUAUUUCAACAAUACAUCACAAUGUGUAUUCUGACUAAAUAUUUAAAUUUUUCCCAACAUGCACGAAAAAAUGGUCUACAUGUUCAUAAUCUUAUUUAGUUAAUUAAACAUUUAAGUUUGUAAUAAAAAAAAAUGUAUUAAAUGGAUCGCUGUUCCCUAUGAUAUUGUAUUCACUAUAUUAAGGAUUUCCUCAGAUGGUU